AUGUUCAUUUUGCACUCAGAGAUGGUGGCCUCGGCUGAAAUGCUUGAAGCCAACUCGGACAGCAGCCUGGACCUGGCCAAGAUGAGGGCCAUGGGCUCCCACGUGUAUCGAAUGAGGUACUUGCUGCUUCUGAUAGUGCUUGGCGCACUCUCACAUUUGAUUGGUCCUGACAUCCCCUACAUUGAGAACACGUUUUUUGCCCAGGGCUUCGGUGGCGGCGACUGCGAGGCAGAGCCCAGCUCCAAACCCUGCCGGCGAGGGGCGGCGCGAGGGGCGGAGAUCUUUGGCUGGUCCCACGCAGCAGCAAAUCUAUUUGCGAUGAUGUUGGCAGUCUUUCUGGGCUCUCUGAGCGACGCCGUGGGACGUCGCCCGCUCAUCCGUGCUUGGGGCGUGGCGCAAGCGCUGCCGCUGCUCGCACUCUUCUUUCACCUGACCACAGGAUUUACCUUGUGGGCUUUUGUGGUUCUCAGACCAAUGGUGGAGGCCUUCGACGUCAACGGUGUUUUCCUCGCCAUCAUGAGUGAUGCCAUCGAAGACCCUGAGGAACGGCCUGCUGCAUUUGGCAGCUUCAUGGCUUCCGUUAUGUUGAUCAUUGGCAUCGUCAUGCCUUUUGGCUUUCUGUUGCCACGCUCGGUGGCCUUAGCAGUAUCUCUUGGUGCGCUGUGCGUCAAGCUGCUAUAUAUUUUUCUGAUCUUCCCUGAGACUGCCAAGCAAGCGAAAGAUUCCAAGCCUCAGCUUACCGCACAAGAAGCCAAUCCGCUUCAUACGGCAAAGCAUGCCUUGGAAGUCCUUUCUAAGAAUUUCUUUAUCUCUCGCCUGGCAGUGGUGCUGGUGGUUUCUGGCUUGGCCGGCUCGGGCUACGCUAUCGUCAUGCCCCCGUUUAUGAUGGGCUAUUUGGGCGUUACUCGGAAGCAGAAACUUUGCUUGGCCGCAGCUGCCGGGGUGUCGGCUUUAGUGGGUUUUGGCCUUUUGAUGGGCCCUUUGGUGGCUCGUUUCGGCCCAGUUCGUGUCCUGCGCAUGAGCUUGGCAAUUGCAGCAGUUGUCCCGCUGGCGAUUUCGGUGUGCCAGGACCAGAUGCAGCUCACCAUCCUGGUCUUCUUUGUCGCAGGUCCUUUGAUUAUGUCCAUUCCGUUGGUGUCAGCGCUGAAGAGCGCGCUGGUGAGUCCCUCGGAGCAAGGCUUGGUGCAAGGUGCCAUUGCUUCCAUUACCAAGGGUGCUGCCACACUCGGCUUUGUUCUCUUCAGCGUCCUCUUUGGACUGACAAGCAAUGAUGGUGAAGUUGGAGGCGUGGCAGCAGUGCUGCCGGUCUUCGGGACGAUUGCUGCCAUCAGUUCCAUCGCUCUUCUGCUAGCGUGCAGCCUGCCGAAUCAGCCACCUCCGCCCCCGCAAGAGCCGGAGUGCUUCCUGGAACUGACGAGCGAUACCUUGCAAAGCUGGGUCAGGAGCCUGCGCACGGCAUUGGCAGCGAUGCAAGAGGGGUGCAUUUGUGAAGGCCCCUGCCCGAGGCGCUUCAAGCUUGGCAUCACUGUUUGGGGUAUUGACGCCACGUUUGAAGACUUUGUCCCAUCAACAGUGCAGGGCUUGCUAGAAGUUGAGGAAUGGCAAGUGGUGAGCCACCACAUGGCUCAUGCAGCCCUGGCCUUCUACUCCUCACCUUUUCGUUCUGCCUUGGUGGUGUCUUAUGAUGGUGGAGGCGAUGAUGGGACCUUUAAUGCUUACAGGGCUUCGCCUGAAGAUGGUAUCAAAGAGAUUGCGCGUCUCAACUACAACUUUGGGGACAUGUACAUGCACUUGGCGGAGUUAUUGCCUGAAGUGACAGGCAAGAGCAUCAGCCAGGUGUGCCGUCCUCCUCAGAAAGGAAUGCCUUGGUCACGCGUGAUGCUUGAAGAUAUGCGUGCCAUCCUGUCACUGGCAGGGAAACUCAUGGGCUAUUCUGGAGUCAGGGCUCCUGACUCCAAACUCACAGUCACCGUCAAGGACCUCUUCAAGCUUUCUGGAAGAUGGUGGGAAGAGCCUGGAGUAACAAUCCCAAGUCAGCUACUGAAGACGGCCUGCAAUUCCACCGAGGGUCAGCAGACUUUGGCGGCAUCCAUUCAAGAGGGGUUUGACGAACUGGCACAAAGCAUCAUUUUGACACUACUGAAGCAAGUUGGCACUGAGAAUGUUGAUGGGGUUGUGCUCACUGGUGGCUGUGCGCUGAACGUCCUCACAAACCAGCAUCUCCACGACCACUUUGAAACUUCGUGGCCUGGACGAGACCGGCUCCAUGUGCCUGCAGCGCCCAAUGACUGUGGCCUUUCUGUCGGGGGUCUUUGGGCCCAUAUCCCUCCGCCAGUCCAACAACCUUUGCCAUACUUGGGUUUCAGGCUUUGGGAUGAAGACAAGCUCGAGAGCAUCGCGCGAAAGCGAGGAGCAUGCCGAUUAUCCAGCGCAGGAGGUGUCGAAUACCUGGCAGAUCUUCUCACAGGCAAACUGUCGUGGCAUGGCAACGUGACCAAGCCUGUAGUCGCGGUGGUGCGCGGGCGACAGGAGUUUGGUCCCAGGGCCCUGGGCCACCGUUCUCUUCUGGCCUCACCGGACUCAGCAGAGAUGAAGGAGCGAAUGAACCGGCUGAAAGCAAGACAAUGGUAUCGGCCUGUGGCUCCUAUGAUUGCAGCUGAAGACUUGGUCAAGGCCUUCGGUCGGAACGUCGCAUCCCCUUACAUGUCCAUGGCGCCCCGCGUCGUGGAGCCCAUCCGAGCCUUGUACCCGGCACUGGCGCACGUGGACGGCACGGCCCGGCACCAAUCCGUGGGAAAAGGCGAUGAGCCGUGGAUCCAUGCGCUGCUGCUGGCCGUGGGGCGGCGCAUUGGCUUGGCAGCCUUGAUCAACACCAGCUUCAAUACGAAGGGCUUGCCGAUCGUCAACAGCGUGAGGGAAAGCCUUCAGAUGCUGGACACGCUGCCAGAUCUAGACUUUGUACUUAUUGAGGAUUGGUUAUUUCAAAAGAGAAGAGCCAGCAACAAAGCUGGCAGCACUCGUGCAUGUGGAUAUGAAAAAGUGGGAGAACAGACUCCGGUGUGA